AUGGACGUGUGGGGCCCAGCCCGCGUCCGUGGACAGGGUCACGAGCGUUACUUCCUGCUGGUGGUUGACGACUACUCGCGUUUCACCGCAGUCUUCCCCUUGCGCAGCAAGGAUGAUGUCACUGAGGUGUUGAUCGACUGGAUCCGCGCAGCUCGUCUCCAGCUCAGAGAGAGUUUCGACUCGGACUUUCCUGUCUUGCGUCUGCACUCCGACAGAGGCGGUGAGUUUUCCUCUGACCUUCUGCGAGCCUUCUGUCGUGCACAGGGCAUCCGCCAGACGUUCACGCUUCCGGCCUCUCCACAGCAAAAUGGGAUUGCUGAGCGCCGCAUUGGCAUGGUCAUGGACGUCGCUCGCACGUCCAUGAUCCAUGCGGCUGCUCCCCAUUUUCUGUGGCCGUUCGCGGUUCAGUACGCGGCGCAUCAGAUCAACCUUCAGCCCCGGGUCUCCUUGCGAGAGACCUCCCCUACUCUGAGGUGGACGGGGAAGGUUGGCGAUGCGUCUGCGUUUCGUGUCUGGGGAUCUCGGGCUUUUGUCCGCGACUUGUCUGCGGACAAGCUGUCCCCCCGUGCUGUUCCCUGCGUCUUCCUUGGCUUCCCCCCCGACGCGCCUGGUUGGCAGUUUUACCACCCCACCUCGCGCCGUGUUCUGUCGUCCCAGGACGUCACCUUUGACGAGUCGGUCCCCUUCUACCGGCUCUUCCCCUACCGCACUGCCCCGCUCCCCCCUCCGCCGCUCUUCCUCACGCCAGGUGCUGCCUUGGUAGACCCCUUGCCUCCCCAGGUCCCUGCUCCCUCAGGUGUUUCCCAGGUAGACCCGGUUGAGCCUGUCGAGGUAGCUGUCGACUCUGGUCCUGCGCGAGGUACUGAGCGUGCUGAGCCUGGGGGUGCGGAGACUGGGGGUGCUGAGCGUGGGGGUGCGGAGACUGGGGGUGCUGAGCCUGGGGGUGCUGUCCCUGGGGGUGCGGGUUCUGGAGGUCCUGAGCCUGGGGGUGCUGUCCCUGGGGGUGUGGGUUCUGGAGGUCCUGAGCCUGGGGGUGCUGCGCCUAGGGGAGCUCUCUCUUCCCAGCAGCUACGUGACUGGUACUCUCGGUACUGUCGCGGCCUCCGGGGUGCUGCUGGAGCUGCUGGCGUUCGUCCUGCUGGAGGUGCUGCUGGUGCUGCUGGAGGUACUGGAGCUGCUGGUGGUGCUGUGGGUACAGGAGCUGCUGGGCCUGGAGGUGCUCCUGGCACUGGAGCUGCUGGCGGUGCUGGAGCUGGCGGUCCUGCUGGUGUUGGCACUGGAGGUGCUGCUGGCGCUGGUGCUUCUGCGGGUGCUGGAGUUGGCGCUACUGGAGGUGGAGGUGCUGCUGGUGUUGGAGCUGGCGGUGCUGCUGGCGCUGGUGCUUCUGAGGGUGCUGGCGUAGGCGCUGCUGGAGCCGGAGGUGCUGCUGGUGUUGGAGCUGGCGGUGCUGCUGGCGCUGGUGCUUCUGAGGGUGCUGGAGUUGGCGCUGCUGUAGCUGGAGGUGCUGCGGGCGCUGGUGCUGCCGCUGGGGGUCCUAGCGCUGUCCCUGCUAUUUCUGGAGUCGCUGCGCGGCCGCGGCCGUACUUCGUUCCGCUCCUUGAGCAGGUUCUUGGUCUCCCGCUUUCUACUGGUCCUCCUCCUCCCUUAGAGUGUCCACAGCCUGACCAGUUGCAGUCACAGUUACAGCCCGCCUCCCCACUGCCUGCUCCUUCUCCCUACACUGGUCCUACUGGAGGUCUUGCUGAGCGUCGUGCGCCUGCGUCUCGUCCUGCGUCGCCUGUUCGUACUGCUCGCACUAGUCGUCGUGUUCCGCGUCAGCGUCCUCCUGCGGUCCCGGGCACGCACCAGAUGGCACUGCGUCCUUCCACUGCUCCGCAGCGUGUCCCUUUGCCGUCUCCUCCUGAGUCCUCUCUUCCUGCUCUUGCUGACCCGGAGUCGGACUCUCUUCGUGCUGCCAGUCCUACUGUCACGCGUCUCCUGGCUACUGUUGUCACUGACCCUUCCUUUGAGUCCACUGCUGCGUCUGCCUUAGUUGCUGAGCUUGUCGACUUCGCUGCUCACUGUCGUCUAGACUACGCUGCUAGUCUUGUUGCUGAGUCUGAGUCUGUCUGUCCUCCGUCCGUCGGGGACCCGGAUGCACCAGACAUCCCGACUCCUCGAUCGUACGCUGAGGCGAUCGAGGGUCCCUACUCCUCACAGUGGCAGUCAGCCAUGGAUGGAGAGAUGGCUUCCUGGAAGUCCACAGGCACCUACGUCGACGAGGUUCCCCCACCUGGGGCGAACAUCGUCAGUGGCAUGUGGAUUUUCAGGGUGAAGCGGCCGCCGGGUUCUCCGCCUGUCUUCAAGGCGCGUUACGUGGCUCGAGGCUUCAGUCAGCGGCAGGGAGUUGACUACUUUCAGACCUUCUCUCCCACCCCGAAGAUGACCACUCUUAGGGUGCUGCUGCACGUAGCCGCUCAGCGCGACUACGAGCUUCACUCUCUUGACUUCAGCACAGCUUUCUUGCAGGGCAGCCUGCACGAGGAGAUCUGGCUGCGCCGCCCACCUGGCUUCACUGGGUCGUUCCCCCCUGGUACCCAGUGGAGCCUCCGGCGGCCAGUCUACGGUCUCCGCCAGGCGCCCCGUGAGUGGCACGACACACUGAGGACUACACUUGCGGCUCUUGGGUUUGCUCCUUCUACUGCCGACCCGUCGCUGUUUCUGCGCACCGACACCUCUUUGCCGCCGUUCUACAUCCUCGUGUACGUCGACGACUUGGUCUUUGCCACUGCUGACACUGCUGGACUCGCCCACGUGAAGUCCGAGCUGCAGAAGAGACACACGUGCACAGACUUGGGUGAACUGCGCAGCUACCUUGGCUUGCAGAUCACCCGGGACAGAGCACAGCGCACCAUUACCCUGACUCAGUCACACAUGGUGCAGCAGGUCCUUCAGCGCUUCGACUUCACGUACUCCUCGCCUCAGGCCACUCCUCUGUCUACCCGCCACUCGCUCUCAGCGCUGCCUUCGGAUGAGUCCGUAGAGCCGAGUGGCUCGUACCCAGAGCUUGUUGGCUGCCUCAUCUACCUGAUGACCUGCACUCGACCUGACCUUGCAUACCCUCUUAGCAUCUUGGUACGCUAUGUUGCUCCUGGGAGACACCGACCAGAGCACAUGGCUGCAGCGAAGAGGGUGUUGCGCUACUUGUGCAGUACGUCGGGCAUGGGGCUAGUGCUUGGAGGGCGGCGUUCAGUGGUCCUCACAGGUCACGCAGACGCUUCUUGGGCUGACGACCAGGCUACGCAGCGGUCGUCACAGGGUUACACCUUCAGCCUUGGCUCUGGCUCUGUUUCGUGGCGGUCUACCCGCUCGUCUUCUGUUCUCGGCUCCAGCUGUGAGGCUGAGAUCUACGCGGGGGCCAUGGCUGCACAGGAGCUACGCUGGCUCACCUACCUACUGACUGACCUAGGAGAGCCGCCUCGUUCUCCUCCGGUUCUGUACGUUGACAACAAGGCCAUGUUGGCCUUGUGUCGGGAGCACAGACUGGAGCACAGAACGAAGCACAUUGCUCUUCGCUACUUCCUUGCUCGUGAGCUACAGCAGCGUGGUCAGCUACGCCUUGCUUACGUGGCCUCUCAGGCCAACACUGCUGAUAUCUUUACCAAGGCACUUCAGCCUUGUGAUCAUCAGCGCUUUUGUACGAUGCUAGGUCUUGUGCCUACCUGGCCUCACUUGCUUACUUCUUGA